GGGGAGAUUCUUUAGAAUAGUACAGCCCAGAGUAGAGGUGGAAGGGAGAGGAUUGUUCUUCACCUGCUUAUAAGGUUCACCAUUACCCGGAAGUUCUUUCUUAUAAGGAGGUGGGGGGUCUUUUCUCUCUUGAAUGCAGUGAGCAUCCUCCAGCUCCUCUUUGCCGCGUCCAUGGGGUUUGUUUGAGAGGAGUCCACAGAGAUGGAGAGAUGCAUUCCCCUUGGCGUUGACCCAAACCUUAAACAUUUGGCAAAUAAAGGAUGAUCUCUUCCACCUGGGGAAUCUCUCUGUGGCUGAUCUCUAAAAUGAAAGCUACUGCUUCUUCCACCUAAGAAUACAAAUUGGAAACUAAUUUCAACUUCAACAAUGGAGUAUUGAAUAAUUAUUGAUCAAGCAGGCUGCUGUUUUCUCAUCAGGGAUUUCUUUAAGGUUGCUAUGGGAAUCUUAUGAUAAUCUGAGAGGAAGUAAAUCCUGAUAAUAUUGCAGUUAUUCAUGAUGUGCCUGGAGUGAAGAGGAAGGGAAACACUUCAUAUAUCUAAGUGCCAAGGCUCUGCUGUGUCAUGGCUACAGACUCUGGUGAAUCAGCCAGCACAGAAGAAUCAGAGAAACCUGAUGGAGUUUCUAUGGAAUGUAUGAAUCCUUCUGUUGAUGCUACUUUGACCAUGGAGGCCAGGACCAAAGAGGGGCUUCACACACCUGCCUCUGGGGUAAUUGUAGAAAGAAAAAGGUUUUUCCGAAAAAGUGUGGAGAUAAUGGAGGACGAAAAGGACUUGGAACUUACUCCACGGAAUGAGCAAGAACAAUUUAUCUUGGGUGAUCAGAGGAUGAUCCAUCUUUCUGCCAGUAUACUUGUGGCUGAGCAAGAAGCCAGAAAUGAGCAAAACUCAAAGAUGAUUAUGGAAGCCACGAAGGAAAGGAUGAAGAAGGAGAUAGAAGAGGAGGCAGAGAUGAAAGCUGUGGCUACAUCACCUGGUGGAAGAUUUCUGAAAUUUGACAUUGAGUUGGGAAGAGGAGCUUUCAAAACUGUCUUCAAGGGUCUGGACACAGAAACCUGGGUAGAAGUUGCUUGGUGUGAACUGCAGGACAGGAAGCUGACCAAAGCAGAACAGCAGAGGUUUAAAGAAGAAGCUGAAAUGCUGAAGGGGCUACAACACCCCAACAUUGUCCGAUUUUAUGAUUCUUGGGAAUCAACGGUUAAAGGAAAGAAGUGUAUUGUAUUGGUAACUGAACUGAUGACAUCUGGAACACUGAAAACGUAUUUAAAGCGUUUCAAACUCAUGAAGCCAAAGGUGUUGAGGAGCUGGUGCCGACAGAUUUUAAAAGGGCUACAUUUUCUGCACACAAGGACUCCUCCUAUCAUUCAUCGUGAUUUGAAAUGUGACAACAUCUUCAUCACAGGACCUACUGGUUCAGUGAAGAUAGGGGACUUGGGACUUGCCACCUUAAUGCGCACUUCAUUUGCGAAGAGUGUUAUUGGAACUCCUGAAUUCAUGGCUCCUGAGAUGUAUGAAGAACAUUACGAUGAGUCAGUGGAUGUCUAUGCUUUUGGAAUGUGCAUGUUAGAGAUGGCAACUUCUGAAUACCCAUAUUCUGAAUGUCAGAAUGCAGCUCAGAUCUACAGAAAAGUAACCAGUGGCAUUAAACCUGCUAGUUUUAAUAAGGUGACAGACCCAGAAGUAAAAGAGAUCAUUGAAGGUUGCAUUCAGCAGAACAAGUCUGAAAGGCUCUCCAUCAAAGACCUCUUAAACCAUGCUUUCUUUGCGGAAGACACAGGACUCAGAGUGGAGCUGGCAGAGGAGGAGGAGGAUGGGAUACAUUCCUCUUUGGCUUUGAGACUUUGGGUAGAAGAUCCCAAGAAGCUGAAAGGGAAGCACAAAGACAACGAAGCAAUAGAGUUCAGUUUCAAUAUGGAAACAGAUAACCCAGAGGAAGUGGCUUGCGAAAUGGUGAAGUCGGGAUUCUUCCAUGAAAGUGAUUCCAAAGCUGUGGCUAAAUCCAUUCGUGAUCGUGUCACCCUAAUCAAGAAGACUCGGGAGCAAAGGCAGGUGGGCAACCUGGAGGAAAGGAGGGACUCUCAAAUUCAGCUUCCAAGUGGACUGCCAUUACUUCAGCCGCAAGGCUCAUCAUUCACCCCACCUUCUCAGCAAAGCAAGACCGAGUGUGAGGAAACAGAGGUUGAUCAACAUGCCAGACAACACAUUCUUCAACAAAUGCAGCACAGCUUUUCCCUUACUGCUGACAACUUGUCUGAGGCAGGAGCAGGAUCAGUUAUACUAUCAGAUGCCUCUAGCCAACAUAAUCUGGCAUUUUCCACGGAACACAUGAUGGGCACUCAACAAGUCCCCAAUCUCUCACAAACUGAAAACAGUGUUCAAGGGCAUAUAUAUACUUCUCAACAGAUGAUGGGGCAUUAUCAGUCCAAUGCAGGGGUGCAGCCAGCGUUGCCAACAAAUAUGGCUCACCCUGGUGUUUUACCAUUAAUCCAGACUCAGCCUUCUGGUCUACCUACUCACAAUUUGGCACCUCCUGCAACUCUCCAAGCCCAAACCUCUCCUCUUGCAGCUCAACAAUUCCCAUCAAGGAUGCCUCCAGAUUCACAGGUAUCCUACAGUGCAGAAAGUCAAGCUUUGGAUGGAUCCAUCAUGGGAGUUCCUCAGCAGAUGUUGACAAUAACUUCUCCUCAGAAUAUACCUGCCUCACAGGUGGGGAAUCAACACAUGCCAACAAGCAUGCAGUUAACCUCUGCUGCUAGACUUGGUAGUCAGGCUACAGCUGCUGUGGGAUCGGUGGAAUUAGAGAUUGCUCCUGCCAAUUUGGUAUCUGCCAGUCAGUCCCCUGUGCUACAUGGGCAGCCUUCGGUUCAAUUUGUCAACAACAUACAAGUUCUUCAAUCAGUUCCACAAGGAGUUAGACUUAUUCAACAACCCAAGCAAGUUUCACAGCAGGUGCCAUCGACACAGCAACCACAGCAAGUUCCUCAGCAGGUGGCAUCUAUGCAGCCAAGCCAGCAAAUGGUUCCACAGGUGACAUCGUCUUCACAGCAGGUUUCUCAGCAAAUUGCAGCUAUGCAGCAGAUUCCCCAGAAACUAAUGGCUAUGCAGCAGUCUCAGCAGGUACCAUCUAUGCAGCCACCUCAACAAGGGGUGUCCUUGCAGCAACCACAGCAAAUUCACCAGCAAGGGAUACCUAUGCAGCAGUCUCAGCAAGUUCCUCAACAAGCAACAUCUAUACAGCAAAGCCAAACUGUUCCACAUGUAACUUCUACUCAGCAGAUUCUAGAGCAGCCUCAGAAAAUUUCCCAACAGGCAGCAUCCAUACACCAGCCUCCACAAGUUCCUCAGCAAAUUCUCCAACAAGUGGCAUCAGUGCAGCAGCCUCAGCAGAAUCCUCAACAAGUAACAUCCACACAACAGCCCCAUCUUAUUCCUCAGCAGGUUCCUCAACAAGUAACAUCCACACAGCAGCCCCAUCUUAUUCCUCAGCAGGUUCCACAACAAGUGACAUCCAUACAGCAGCCACACCAUAUCCCUCAGCAAGUUCAACAGCAAGUGACACCUUUACAGCAAUCACAACAAAGUCCUCAACAGGCAGCAGCCAUGCAACAACCUCAACAGGUUCCGCAGCAGGUGACACCCAUGCAACAGCAGCACAUUAUACAGCAAGUGACAGCCAUACAGCAACCACAACAAGGCCCUCCACAGGCAGCAUCUAUACAGCAGCCACACCAUAUUCUUCAACAAGUUCCACAACAGAUGACACCUGUACAGCAGCAGCAGCAACAACAAGGUCCUCAACAGGAGGCAUCUAUACAACAGCCACAGCAUAUUUUUCAGCACGUUUCACAACAGGUGACACCCAUACAGCAGCCACAACAAGGUCCUCAGCAAGCAGCAUCCAUACAGCAACUACAGCAUAUUCCUCAGCAGAUGACACCCAUACAGCAGCAACAACAAAGCCCUCCACAGGUUCCGCAGCAGGUGACUCCUAUACAGCAACCACAACAAGGAUCUCAACAGGCCGUAUCCAUACAGCAACCACAGCACAUUCCUCAGCAGGCUUCUCAGCAGGUGGCACCCAUACAGCAACCACAAAUAUCUCAAAAGGCAGCAUCCACACAGCAACUACAGCAUAUUCCUCAGCAGGUUCCUCAGCAGGUGACAUCCAUACAGCAGCCACAACAUAUUCCCCAACAGGUGACAUCCAUACAGCACCCACAAGGAUCUCAACAAGCAGCAUCCAUACAGCAGCCACACCAUAUUCCCCACCAAGUGACACCCAUACAACAGCAACAGCUUAUUUCACAACCGGUGACACCUAUGCAGCAGCCACAACAAAGCCCUCAACAGGUGGCCUCCAUACAACAGCCACAACAUAUUCUUCAUAUUCCGCAGCAGAUGACACCCAUACAGCAGCCACAGCAGGUUCUUCAUAUUCCACAGCAGGUAACAUCCACACCACAGCCACAGCAGGUUCCUCAACAGGCAACAACCAUGCAGCAGUCACAGCAAAUGGCAACUGUUCAGGCACAACAAGCAUCAUCUAUACAGCAGCCACAGCAAGUUCCACAGCAGAUGAUAUCUAUACAGCAGCCACAGCAAGGACACCCACAAGUUCCACAACAGGUGGCAUCUAUGACUCAAUCCCAGCAUGCUCCUCAGCAAGUUCUCCAGCAGGGGACAUCAAUGCAAAUGGCACCAGGGCUGCAAUCUCAGCAAGUUGCCAAUCAGCAGAUUGGAUCUCUGCAGAUUCCACACCAGGUAGCCUCCAUGCAGCAAGUUACACAGCAUGGGGUCUCCUCGCAGCAACCUCAGCUGGUUUCCCAACAGAUGGCAUGUGGGCAGCCAACUUCACAAUCUCAACAUACUGUACCUGCUCAUCAGGUCUCUACUGUACCACAGCAAAUGACACUGAUGCAGCAGGUCUCACAGUGCCCAGAAUUAUCCCUAGAUACUUUGGGGGCUCAACAAGAGCAGCAAAUGACUCAGAUACACCAUUCCACAAAUCAGCAUCCUUGUGUAAUGCAACAUACAUUAUUUCACAUGCCUCCACAACAGCAGAAAGAAGAGCAGUUUGUUCUCUCUUCUAAUUCCAAAGAUCCAUUGCCAGCUGUCUCUCAGCAAGACAUGGAAAAGCAUCAGCAAUCUGAAUUCUCAGGUUCAUCUUCAGAAAAGGUGGCUUAUUCCAUCCAGACCCAGUAUCAGCUGCAAAUCCAGGAACAAAUGAUAUACCCAGCACAAUCCCCACACAAUCCACCAGUUUCAGAGCAGCUGCAACACCAGCUAGAGCCAACUAACCAGCUGCAGGGUCCAGAGCAAGCCGCAUGUCAGAUGCAUGUCACUUAUGCAGCACAGGGUUCAAAUCAGGCGCCUUGCCCAGAGCCAUUGAUUUAUGCAGCUUCUGGAAUAUAUUCAGGACAUUCUUUGGACCAGUCAGCUUAUGUUUAUCAAGGGCAGGCAGCAUAUAUAACUCAACCAACAUAUAUGGCUCAACCUCCAGAGAUUCAGCAAGCUCAUUUAACAGUACAGAAUACUGAUCAACCAAGUUUUGCUGUGCAUUCACCUGAUCAGUCAUUACACCUGUCGAAGGAUGGAGAUGCUGGUAACAUGGAAUUGCAGAUCGGUUCAACACAAUCUACAAAAACCCAUCCUUACCCUUCUGAGCCACAUCUGCCUGAAUCAACAAUAUAUCUUAUCCAGCAAGAUUCUGGCAUGGGCCACCAGCAGCUGCACCCACCACAUGUGGCUCAUAAAAUUGCAGAAGGACAACAGUCAGGGCCACAGGCACCUUUUGCCUCAUCUCAGCCAUCUUUCACACCACAAAUGCAAUCACAACCUCCUUAUCAGGAGUUUAGCCAGCAGCCUAUUACUCAGCCGCACAAAGCCACAAUCCCUCAGUCUGCUCUUGAUACAUUACAGACCUUAACUUCUGUAUCAGAACAGUCAGAACAAGCUUAUACAAUGCAACAAUCUUUGGAUGUGUCAGGACUGUUGAAUCAUGCUCCUCUCCUCCAGCAGUCUCAGACAUUUCAACCAAUUGACAAUAACCAACAGUUUAUUCCUCCACCAGUACAACCAGCAUAUAUUCAACAGCAGCCAGUAUGUCAGAACUCAGUUUUAACUGCAGAAUUGAUUGUCCAGGAGCAGAUGCCUUUUAAGAAUUCUAUGGCAGCUUCUUUGAACCAGCAAACAGCAUUUACUGCUGUGAAUGAACCAAACCAAGAGUAUCAUCAAGGACAAGACAUUCUACAGGUUUCCAUCUCAGUAUCAGAUGAAUAUGAGCAUCAGCCAGCAGUUCAAAAACAGGAGUCUACUCAAGGCUUGGUACAGGACCUUCCAAAGGAAGGUGUGACUGGCUGUGACCUUCCAUGUGGAAAUGGCAAACAAGACAAGAGCAAACAGAGAAGGACCUCCUGUGCCCGACCAGAGAAGGGAACCAAAUUUCAACUCACAGUGCUGCAGGUAUCAACAUCUGGAGACAAUACUGUUGAGUGCCAACUUGAAACGCAUAACAACAAGAUGGUUACAUUUAAAUUUGAUGUUGAUGGAGAUGCACCAGAGGACAUAGCUGAUUACAUGGUUGAAGAUAAUUUUGUAUUGGAAAAUGAGAAGGAUAAAUUUGUUGAUGAACUGAAAGCUAUUGUUUGCCAGGCUCAAGAUAUCAUUUCUAGUCUUCCUAUUGAAGAACGAGCCGCUGGCAUGGAAUCUGCUCCUUCUGAUCCAAACAACUCCCAAACAGGAUCUUCUGAACAAGUUCAGAUAAAUCCAGCAUCUACUCAAAGUGGCAGUGAUGCUGCUCCCCAGUCAUCCCCUGUUGGCCGCUGGAGGUUUUGCAUCAACCAAACAAUAAAGAACAGAGAAACCCAGCCAUCUUAUACCCCAGUACAGUCAAUGAAAACUAUUCAAGGAUGUCAGACAACAGAUUGCAUAAAGGAAAGUACAAAAGAAGAGACAACCAAAGAUUGUUCACAACCUGUGGACAAUCUCAGUAGCCAACAUAAGUCUAGCCCUUCUUUCAGUUCAGAGGAUUUGACAAGUGACAGUGUGAUAUCUGAACCCCAAAUUUUGGAACCUGAACUUUCAGCCCUUUCUCAUGAAGCAGAAGGCAGCACGGAUAAAUUACCAUCUGCCUCUACAGGUGACAAUACUGAUGUUACUACUUACGAUUCAGAAGCUUGGCUGGACCCUUUGCCAGCAGAGACUCAGUAUAAUGGAGCGCCCCUGUCUUCAUAUGUACCUCAUCCAGCAUCUGUUGUGAAUGAGUUGAAUUUGUCCACAGAAGCCUUUGAAUCCACACCAAUGUCUUGUCAGACUUCGAUCACUGAGGAAGCAGAACAUGUAAUAAAUGCUGAGCAAGCAGCUGCUUUGGCGCAGACUCCGAGUCAGGAAGGAAUUCCCUCCACAUCCAUUCUAGAAUCAGACAGUGAGGGCCCCCCUAAGAUUGAUUUUGUUGACAACAACAUCAAAACUCUGGAUGAAAAGCUGCGGACACUUCUGUAUCAGGAGCACAGCUUGUCAGGCACUUCUCCUGAGAGCCAAAAAGACACACAGAGUGCAGUGGAGUCUCCAUUUUCCUCAUCUGCUGAAGAUACUUUUCCCUGCCCUGGACCUGAAACACAAGACACUAAUUCCCCCCAAGAGACCGAUCCCCAAGCUGCACUCAUUCCAUCCGGAAGUCAUCCUGAUAGCUUGCCAGUGAUGAAGCAAGAGGACAGAGUUAUUACCUCUGCUCCCAGGGAUUUCUGCAGACAUGAGAUGUCCUUGGAGGCUUCAUUUCCUGAGAAUCCUGUGGCUUGUCCUGCUUCAGAAUCAAGUGGUGGAGCUGUGCACCUGCAUGCAGGAGGUGGAUAUUUUGGCCUAAGCUUUACUUGCCCUAGUCUCAAAAACCCUAUUAGCAAGAAAUCCUGGACUCGCAAAUUAAAAAGCUGGGCAUACAGGCUACGGCAGACCAGCUUUUUCAAGAGAUCAAAAGUCCGGCAAGCAGAGGAGAUGACUGCUGAUGUUGCUUCUGACUGGAUUUCUCUUUCUGAGCAAGCAACCAGAGAGAAUAAAGCAUUUGGUCAUUCUAAAUCUGGAGCUGGAUCAUUCCAGCGAGGCAGAUUUCAGGUCAUCACAGUUCCACAACAGUUGUCCUCAGGUGUUUCAGAAAGUGAACUCUCUGAGAUGUCUCCUUCCUUGGAGCUUGGAACAGAAGAAGGCUGCCCCAGAGGAACAGAAAUGGCUAUCUUGCCCAGUGCCAUGGGUGAAACAGAUGCAUGUUGCACCACCUCUGAACAACAGGAAGUAGAAGAGAUCUCUGCUACUGCAAGCAGUGUGCAGUUCUGUUCAGAGCCAUGGUCUAAAGGUGAUGUGAUCCAGAAGCAACCUAGCUCUGACAGUGAACUUUCUGCACCCAUGGGUGGUGGCAGCCUAGAAGGCUGGGAGUCAAACCAGCAGUCUCAAGAGGAAAGGGGUGGCACCCACCCAAAGAGGCGUAGUUCUCUUUUUUACUCGGCAUCUUCUCCAAUGAGUAGUGAUGAUGAAUCUGAAAUUGAAGAUGAGGACCUGAAAUUGGAACUACAGCGUUUGCGGGAGAAGCACAUCCAGGAAGUAGUCAGCCUGCAAGCUCAACAGAACAGGGAGUUGCAGGAGCUAUAUGAACGUCUUCGCUCCAUCAAAGAUAGCAGGUCAGAAUCCUCUGACUUCUCCCUGCAACUGUCAUCCCCACGGCGGCCUAAAUCUUUCAAAAGCAAGCUGCGCAGCCGGCCACAAUCUCACUCUCAUGUCGACAAUGGCAUUGUUGCUGCUGAAUGCUGUUGUGCAACCACUGCUGCCUCUGUGAUUGACUAUCAGUUGAGCAUUCAAGCCCAUUUGCUGCAUCAAAGCUGUUCACAAGCAGAAACUAACCAAGAACAACUCUGCAUCGUGAGUAGCACUGCCUCUUGUCAGCAGACAACAGCCAGUAAAAAAGGAAUGUUCACGGAUGAUUUGCAUAAACUGGUGGAUGACUGGACUAAAGAAAAGGUGGGAAACUCCCUCAUCAAGCCAAGCCUCAAUCAAAUCAAACAGAACAAGCACCGGCUGGAUACUGACAGCUGGAGCAAAGUAUAUGAGACAACAGCAUCUACUGUGGGCUACACCUCCACAUGGAUUUCCUCACUUUCCCAGAUCCGCGGGACUGUACCAGCUGCUUUACCCCAAGGACUUCCCCUGUCACCCUUUUCUGGCACACUAUCGCCAUAUGGAAUACCACAUUUGUGCCAGUAUAACACCAUCGCAGGAACAACUUACCCAGUGCAAUGGAUGGGCAUUUCUGGGACAAGUCAACAAUCUGUCGUGGUCCCUGCCCAGACAGUGGGACCCUUUCAACCAGGGAUCAGCAUGCCAGCAUUUCCAGCAUCACCCGUGCAAAACCCAGCUCCCAUUCCCCCAAGUCCCAAAUGAAGAUGGAUAGCAAAAGAAUGCUAGAUAUGGGGACUGUGCCUAUCUCUCAUGACUCCAUUCCUCUGCCUUGCAUUCUGCUGCCUGGAUUUGGGGGUGAAUUCCCCAGUGCAGUGAUGUGGGAAUGGUAGGAGAUUGUCUUUGCAUUCUCCUCUUUGAAUACUUGAUUUCAUUUUCUUUAAGGGAUUUUUUUAAGUACUUGAGAGAGCUUUGGCCUGUACAUCUCUUUGUUCCUGAGAUGGACAGCAUGCCAUGUGCUGCUUAUUAAUAAGCCUUCCCUGUCAUUCCUGCCCUAUAUCCCUUGUUUGCUUUGGUGACAACUGUUUUUUGAAGUUGAUAGUGACUCUUCUUGGAUUAUACACUUACUAGCAUUUGAAUUAAUUUACAGAAUGGAAGGGAUCAGCAGAGAAGAGUGACAUUUAUAUUCGCAUUAUUGUUAUGUUUCCAUUUAGUUUCAUUGGCAGCUCAGACUUCAGGCUAACUAAGGAUUUUUUUAAAAAAUGAUUGUAGUUUGUUUAGUUGAAUUCUAUUGUAAACUCUUCCUUCAUCUGUCCCAGAGAUAGGACUUUUGGAAGUGAAGCACUGCUGAAAGAAGAGGCAUACAGUUGCUGCCUUCUCUUUGAUUUGGGAAAGCUGUCCUGGACAAUUCAGAACUAUUUGUAGAAUGCAACUAGAUGUCCUUACACACACUGUAUUCCGUAGAUACAUUGGAAUGUUGGCCUGGUUUAUUGUACCUGUGUUGGGAAUCCUGAGUUUUUUUUAAAGCUUAUUUUGCAGCUGAUACAAAUCUUAUACUAUGGAAUGGGUGGGGGGGAGGAGGUAGCAUUGGAAAGGGUGGGAACUAGGGCUGGGGGACUAUUGUGGGCCUUUUUUUAAACUUGUCCCAUCUUGGUCAUUUUCGCAUCAUUUGUGAUCCAUAUUCAACAUUUCUUUGGUUGUUGGAAAAAGAAUAUAAAUUGAAACAGGGUCUAGUGCACAUAGUUUUUGCAUUUAAUGGAUUGCCUUACAGCAGAUUAGUGAAAUACAGUCUCCUAGUUUAGAUGCCUAGUGUUGUUUCUCAGAGCAUUAAAGGUUUAGUGUCUACUGAAUUUGAUUGCCAAGGUGCAAGAUUAAGCAGUCCAUCUUUACAUUUACAAAUUAAGAAAAUUCUACAUGUAUGUAUGGCAGUAAGGAUAUGGUGUUGGAAUCCCAUUUGGCAGGCUUUCUGUUUUUUAGUUACAUCUAGUGCUCCUAAUUGGAUGUCAUGCAAAAAAAGUCAAAAAUUUACUAGUUCAAAAUCCUUAAGAUAUAAAAAUUUGCUAAAUAAAGAGGCAUCCUCCCUUGGAGGUAUAUAUCAUAUAUAAUCACUAAUUCUAUCAACUGCGUUUCAGCUGCCAUGUGAAGAUUGCUGUUAUGAUUUCACCUUGAUAGAGAAUUAGCUUAGUUUAAUGGUACAUGUUUAACUUAAUUGGCUGUGAACUAUGAGGGAAGUCAUAAUUCACUGGAGCUAACAUUUCUUGUUUUCUCUAAUACAUAAUCAGUUUAUCCCUUUCUUGUUGGAAAUUGUAUUCUUAUGCGCACUCAGAGGUUGCUUCCUUUGUUGCAAGUCUUUCAAGCACUUGCUGAAAUAACAUCUAGCUCACUUUCCUCCUUCAUUAAUCUGGAAUGAAAAUUGCCAUUUUGAAUUCAGACUUAAAUUAUUGUCUUUUGGAUAUUAUAAGAUAGCUGCCAUUUUUGCAGCUGCCUGAUAUUUUUAGCAAGCAAUAGAAAGAGGCUUAAUUUCAUUAAAACAUCAAGUAGUUGAAUUUUAUCUAAAAGACCACGUUUAAAUCUGAAAUUAAUGUACCAUUGGUUUAAUAGUACUGUGGCCAGGAAUAUCUGAAUUGCUGGAGAUUGUUUUAUUUAAAUCAGUUUCAGACACCAGUUACUUGUUUGUUUGUUUUUUGUUUUAUAAAACAUCAUCUGUAGUCUUAGUGAUACAUUAUAGACUAUAUUUCUCCCCUCUGCAUUCUGGACAAAGAUUCUGCUUCCAUUUAAUGCAGCCUCUUUGUUCUGCCUGCAAAGAUUUGCAGUGCCUUGUAAUGGAUAAUCUUAGUAUCUUUUCAGAUUUUUACUGGAAAGUUGAAAAAAAUAGUUAUAGCCUUUUGAUGCUUGAAAAGUACAUUGCUGAUUUGCAGCAGUAAAAUCAUAUAUACCUUAAAGAAAGUUUCAGUUUGAAGAACUUAGGCAAAAACAGUGUUAUUUUUUUAAAAGACAUACAUAUGAUUUGUGGGAAAAUCAGUGGUGCAUUUCCAUGAGCAGAAACAGUUUCCACUCAUAGAGCAGUUGAGAGAUGAUUAUGUCUCUUCCUACAGUCCUAUCUGUGCCUUUAUAAUCUGCUCCAUAAGGAAGGGGAGGGCACAAAGUGAGCAGACAGCUGACCACAUGACAUUUGCUUCCAUCUUUUUUUCCCCCCAGCUUUAAAGUCAUUAAAAUAAACCCUUUGUCAGCAAUUCACUUUGACUUGUUAGGAAAGCAUAAAAUGUUGUAGUCUAGUUUGCUGUUAUGUAACUUAAUGUUCAUAAAAAUGCAAGCUGCUAGGAAGUACCCGUGAUAGUCUUAAAGGUUGAUUUAUCUAUAUUAAGGAUCCUUGGCCCAUUUAGCUCUCUCAGGCACACAAAUAUACGAAUUGUGUUUCUGUUAUGGAAAUGUGGUGUAACACUGGUGCAUUUGUGCAAUCCUGAUUAUUGAGUAAACUGUAGAGUGUACUUCAGUAUUGGAGGGAAACCAGUGUAACAAUAGCAAUAUCAGGGUUACAUUGCUGCUGAUUUUCUGUAGAGGACAGGGUCAGUUUAAAGUGCUGUGUAUUCACUGAAUUUCUACCUUCCCUACUUCAUAAAAUAGUCUCUCCUUGCUGCUUCUCUCUUGAUGGAAUUUUGAAACCAGGGUAUUCCCACUUGCAAAAAGCAAUUUUGAAGAGAAAAAUUGUACACCUCUUGCCUUGCCCAUGAUGUUUCUAAUUCAAUUCCCGAUUUUCAUGUAGAACUGGCAUAACCCAUAAUCUGAUGUAGUUUGUAUCAGUUGAGAAUUACAAUAUAUAUUGCUUCUUUAUUUAGAAAAAUGUAGCCAUGUAGCACAGACAUGAGGCUUUAUUUUAUUAUGCAAAAAAAAAAAACCCUUCAUUUAUAACAAAACAAAAUACCCCUAAAAAUACCUCAUUUGGGUCAAAUUAGGCUACACAAAAAAAAUUAAAAUCCUGCUUAUACUAUUUAAAGUAUGGAGCCUGGGACUUUUUAAGAGCAGGAAAGUGUACAACUGAACAACAGUAGGCAAGGGAAAAUAAACCUUAAUUUAUGCGGAUUAACUGUGAGAUUUACAUAGCCCCUUUCCUUCUUGGGUAGAAUUCAGAAAUAACUUGGUAUUGGAAUUAAGAAGCAGUUUGGCAGAAUACCCAUUUUGCAAACAAUGAGAACAGACCUGAUUCCUAUUUUCUGUAUGUGGGUAGCACGGGUUGAGUGAAGGUAAUGCCUCUUAAGUAAAACUUGCAUUUAGUCUUUUCUUCCUUUUGGUUUAAUUAGAAUUCCCUCAAAGAAUCCACUGUUUUACAGUUGACAGGAGAAGGCUUUCUUUGAAGCCUUGAGAAGUUGGGAAAUCCUUAUGUGGCUUAUGUUUCUACUGAUAAAGAGAAUGAAAGUGGUAUUCAUGAAAAAACUUGUUUGACACCAAAUAUAUUCAAAACAGUACCACAGUAUCACAGAUAACAAUAUCUGUGAUUUCAGUUUAAGCUGGAAUUAGAUGCUAAGUGGUUGACGCUGAUAACAACAUCCAUACUUUCCCCUGCUUAUCAUUUUCAAAAGCCUUACCAAUAUAGAACACAUAAUUUAACAUGAUUAUGUGCUGAGUUUCUUCAUUUCAAGUGGAAAAGCAUAAUGAGAUUGUGUUAUGGGGGGAGGGGGGGAGAAAUGUGAAGUGGCAUCCUUUUAUAAAGUUUACUUCCUGUCUUCAGUGGCUAGAGUUCAGAGAAUAUGACAUGGCCAAUGUGUUAACUGUGAUGUGGAUAGUAAAUUACUCUGCCCCAAAAAGUCUCAAGACGCUUUGAUUUCAUAGGUUUUUGAAACACUAUAAAAAACUUCGUAAACCCAGGCAAUAUUAGUAUUACUAUAUCUUUAGGUUUGGGGAAAAGAUGAGGAACAGGAUUUCUUCUAGUUGGAUUGUCCCCUUCUUUGAAGCUAUGUAAAGGCACCGGCAAUGGAGGAAACAUACGUACUAUGUUUAUGUAUUUUUGAGUCUCUGCAUUUAAUGUGAAACAUUUACUGCCCAGUUUUUCUUCUCUUCCCUGUUGCUUUUUCAUUGUUUCUCUUUGCAGCAUGCACCCUCUUUAAAACAAAUCAAACUGUGAAUUUGGUUUUGGGAGAUGUUUUGGAAGGCACUUUUCUGCUGUGAAGCUUGAGCCUGAGCUUGUAUGAUAUGAAUGGAAUGUAUAAUUUUAAUAACUUUUGUGAAUUUUUAGUAGUGUUCAAUCUGAAUCGUUUUCUUUGUUGAAAUUUCAUGUUUCUACCUACCUCAUUUGUUAGUGCUGUUUAAAUCUAGGCUAUGGCAUAAACAAUGUAUUCUACUGUUUCUGUCUGUUUAAAUUGGAUACAGUGUUUUGACACAUGCUUUUUCCUUCCCCCCCACCUCCCUUUUUUUGUAACUUGGCACAAGAGCUCAUUCUGUUUACUGUUUUAAGGAGGAUGUUUAAUGUUCACAAAGAAGAUUUCACAAAUUUAUCCAUCAACUUCAGUAUAACAUAAUGACAGAUGAAUAGAAAGAACAGCUCCAUGCAUUUUUUCCCAGUUACCGGUAUAUUCCAACCGGUUACAGCAAUUUAGCAAGGAGUGUGACCAACUGUCUCAUCCGUCUUCCAAUACCCAAGUACCACCAUCUAAGUGGGAAAAACAAGAUUUUCUUUAGAAAAGAAUUUCUCAUGCCAAUUGCUUGGAAGGAUUGUAGACAAAUUUCUUAGGUAUUAGCUCUUAACUGAAGUUGAUGGAUCAAUGGGAAAGAGACAAUACAGGCUGUAGGUUUAGUCUAAAAAGUUCCACUACAAAUUCUUUUUAUCCUUCCUUUCUGCUAAGCAUAUUGUAUUUUCUGUUUACAUUAGUCCUAGAUUCAAGUAAGAUUUAAUGCUAAAAACAUGGGUUGCUGUUCAAUCCUUGAUACAUCUUUACUGUUACAAUUUGUGCUGACAUUAAGACUCACAUAAGUAUGUGUGUAUGCGUAAGUAUGUGUAAGAGGGAGAAUACCAAACAUGGAUUCAUGUCUUCACAAAGUGCAAAGGAUCAGAUUUUUUUCACUGGCAAAGAGACUUUACACAGUGAAUUUGGGAGUCAAAACAUGAAACCACAUUCAGGCAAUAAACUCAUAUGUUCCUUUUUAAUUUUCAGACUCAGAAACAUUCCUAUAAAAAUUCUAGUCAUGUUUCCAGACUACAUUUUCAAGAUAAACCAGUUGAUUUAAGUAGUAAUUUUCAGUUUAUUAGUCCAGUUAAACAUUUCACUUUCAAAGCUGAUACAGCUAAAGGGUAGAAAGACAAACUUACUUUAGGGGUUCAAAGAAAUUUUUAUCAUUUUCCUUUAAAAAAAAGAAUUGUGAUAAUUUUGAACAGCAUAAUUAACUCUCAGAACCAUAUACCAUAUUGCAUUUGUACAGCUGUUCCCAAUAUAUACAUGUUAUGAUUCUACUACUAGCUUCUUUAGAAUUAAACUGCAAUGAACAACAGUCUUAGCGUACAUGUUUUUAACUAACUUCUUUGUGCUCAUACAAAUGUCUCCUUGAAGUUAAUGGAACUGAGCCAAUUUAAAUUAGCAGUGGUUAUGGCAUUUAGCAUGCUGGAAGAAUACAAUCACUUUUUAAUAGUUUUGUUUCUUCCAUUACAAUAAUUAUAUCAUAGGACACAUUACCUAAAUUGUUCAUGUCAUUAUUUCCUUGAUUGCUAGAGUAAUAAAGUAUUGUUUGGGAAGCCAGUUCUCACAGGAAUACAGAUAUAGCAAGUACCAUAUAUUUUACAACAUGGCAGACAGUUUUUCUGUAGUGAAAUGAUCCACAUACCAAAUACUAAGCAGCCAUCAGUGAUAGGCAAUGAAUUACAAAGCACUCUGUGGAAGUCUGAAUGUGUUGUUGCCUUUUAGACCUUCAGCAGAUCCCUUGAAGCUAUCUGUCCAGCAUUUUAUUAAGCUAUUUUUUCUCUCUCUUUUUGAUUGACAAAAGAUGGUAAGUGCAGGAGGACAGCAAGUGGGAAGAAAAAUAGUAUCUUUGAGAGUUGUAGAAAUAUACAUCCAGGUUCUGUUAUACAUGAAGUUACGUACAUGAACAGCUGGAUAGUAGAGCAAACAGCUAUGCUCCUAGUUGCUGAGGAGUUAAUUUACUUCCAGGUAUCAGCUUCUGUUCCACCUUUUAAAGCAUCCAAAGCAGGAUGAUGUUUGUGGCCCAUUGUUAUGGUUAAUUUAGGCCACACAGUAUCACCUACUAGUUGGUUUGGUGGUCACAUUGGAGGUGCUGUGGUUCUAAAAAUUCUAAUACAACAAAGGACUUCUCUAUUUAAAAAAAGUAACCUAUUUGAAGAGAGGCCUGUUUGUUUUUUUCCCCUCAUUCUUUGCUAGAAAUAACUGAGGAGCAUAUGGGCCUAAUGUAUGACAAUAUGAUCAGGUAUAUCCUGUGAAUAAAUGUCUCCUUAGAUUUACACACGUUGGCAAUGUUUCACUUUCAGAAAUAGGAAUUUUCUUAUGUCUCUAUGUGAAUUAUAUCUUAAUGUAACAUCAUAGGACUUAUUUUCAACCCAUCAACUUGGCAUUAAAGCUGAGAUGUUUCUGACUGAACAUAGAAUGUGGGUGACCUGUUCAUUAUAACAUGGAUGAGGCAUCCCAUUCACUUUUUUAAAAAAACAUAGCCCUAAAUCUUUAUGGUAGAAAACGAAUGUCUUUUAUCAGCAGUUGUUUCAUGUGUUUUUUUAAUUAUUUUUGCAAGCUGUGAGUUGACUUCAUUUGUACACAACCAUUAACAAAUAUUUUUUUAAACUGUUACAAAGGAAAAUAAAGGCUGUGUUGGGAAAAAAAA